AUGGUUCCUAUGUCCAAGAAAACACAAGACGGCUACUCUUGGACGGGCGCUACCGGAGUGCGCAGGGGCGGGCUGCGUUGCAGAGGUGUUAUUGAACCGAGCCAAAAGAUCACAGUGCCGAUGGGACACAACUACGAUGCAAUUGUCAUUGGGGCAGGCUAUGCCGGUUUAAUGGCCGCUCGUGAAAUGACAGAUCAGGGGCUCUCGGUUCUCUUACUUGAGGCUCGCGAUCGGGUGGGCGGCCGAACUUACACCGUCGAAGCUGAUGGCAUUCUCUAUGAGAUGGGAGGGACUUGGGUUACUCAUCACAUGGCCUUCCUGUUCAAAGAAAUGAUCCGUUAUGGUAUGGAUCGUGACCUCAUAACUACGCAUCAUAGUGGAUAUGAGAACGACUAUUACACACUGAAUAUUCUGGGUGCAACUCCGAGAAAAUUGUCCCAUGAAGAAGCUGGAAAAAUCGCGGCAAGGGGCUGGGACAUCUUUGUCAAUGUUGACGGAGAGAGCUGUCGAAGAAUCUGUCCACUUCCACAUGCACAGCUCGAAAACAUUCUCACUGACAGAAACGAAGUGGAGAGAUACGACAAGAUCUCAUGUCUGGAACGAUUUGAAGCUAUCAAGAACUUGCUUACAGUUGAAGAGGCUGGUGUGCUUGUUGCUUUACUGCUUCACAUCUCAGGCGGAACCUUGGAGAAUUCCAGUCUAUGGGACAUGAUCCGCUCCCAUGCCCUUAUGUCGUAUAGCUCGGACAAUUUCGGCCCUAUCUGGACUACUUUCAAACUCCGAGAAGGGCAGUCCGAGCUUGCGAGUCGGAUGUUCCAAGAUGCAGCAGAUCGCGGUCUGCAUUAUGCUUUUAAGACCCCGAUCAAAAGUAUCAAUGACCGCUCCAAUGGAAAAGUCCAGUUGGUUGAGGUCAAAACAAGUUCCGAGGCAGUUUAUAGGGCACGCCACGUUGUGAGCACAGUUCCUCUCAAUGUUUUGCACACCAUUCAGUUCCAGCCCCCUCUUUCUUCCCGACGUCAAGAAGCAAUUGAGAUUGGCCAUGUUAAUUUCAUGACCAAGGUUCACGCAGAAGUAGAGGGAUCAGGACUGGCUUCGUGGAAUGGAGUCAAGUAUCCUAAUCUCCUUAUGUUCGGCUAUGGAGAUGGGCUCACGGAGAAUGGCAAUGCUCAUAUCGUUGGCUUCGGAAAAGAUGAGAGAGGUACCUACGUGCCUGAGCGCCAUCCAGAACAAACAAUUGAUGCGUUUGAGAAGUUGCAUCCGAUGAAAGUCAAGAAAAUGGUAUUUCAUAACUGGGUUACAGACCCUUGGUCCCAAGGUGGUCCAGCCUGGUGGAUGCCAGAGUAUAUGACAAAAUAUCAGGAUGAACUGCAAAGCCCGCAUGGUAAUGUUCAUUUUGCUUCUGCAGAUUGGGCUAAUGGCUGGCGAGCUGCGAUCGAUGGUGCAUUGGAACAAGGCUUUCUUACAUCCCGGAACAUUACCAAGGAUAUCAGACAGACCGCCCAACCAAGCUUCACUGCCAAGAUCUAG